GUCUUUGGAGUAGGCUACCCUGUCAACCGCAGGACGCUCCAAACCAUAACUUUCCAAAUCCCCCCUGCUGAUUCCAAUUCAUCAAAUUUCCCCCCUAUCUCUAUCCCCAUCUCCAGCUGGCCCCCCCAAAAGACAGAAGAUCUUAGAAGAUCCAAGAUCCUCCACCGACCACCAAGAUGGCUAAUAAAAAACAGAUGACUGAGGACGAGAAGUUCCUCUUCCUGGACAARGACUUCAUCAACAGUCCCAUGGCCCAGGCCGACUGGUCAGCCAAGAAGCUGGUGUGGAUCCCCUCGGAGAAGAAUGGCUUCGAGGCGGCGAGCGUCAAGGAGGAGCACGGGGACGAGUGCCUGGUAGAGCUGGCCGACAACGGGAAGAAGGUGACGGUGAACAAGGAUGAUAUCCAGAAGAUGAACCCUCCCAAGUUCAGUAAGGUGGAGGACAUGGCCGAGCUCACCUGCCUGAACGAGGCRUCGGUGCUGCACAACAUCCGGGAGAGGUACUUCUCCGGGCUCAUCUAUACAUACUCUGGCCUGUUCUGUGUAGUGGUGAACCCAUACAAGAUGCUGCCCAUCUACUCUGAGAAAAUCAUUGAGAUGUACAAAGGGAAGAAACGCCACGAAGUUCCCCCUCACAUCUACUCCAUCACUGACAAUGCCUACAGAAACAUGAUGCAAGGUAGGUUCAUCGUUCAUAGUUACACCUCUUCCUGUUACUGUAGCUUCUUUGUCUGGGAAGGCAGGGCUGGCGUCGMUUCAAUUCAGUCCAUCAAUUGA